AUGUCGGGUUUCAAUCUCUUCCGGUUGCGGCCGUUGGCAGAGCUUUUGCCGGAGGUCGAGGGCCCCGCGGAGGCUGUUCCUUUCCGGCGGAAGGCGGCCUACACCGCCGGCUCGCUCCUCGUCCUCCUGGCGGGCAGCCAGCUCCCGCUCUAUGGGAUCGACCACAGCCGGGCCGGGGCUGCCGACGACCCGCUCUACUGGGUCCACACGGCCUACGCGGCCAACCGCGGAACCGCCAUGUCCCUCGGCGUCUACCCCCUCCUCAUGUCUGAGUUGAGCACCCACCUCCUCCUGGGGACCGGAGGGCUGAAGAAGGCGCUCGGGGUGUUGUUCUCCGCCGCGAUCCCGGUCCGCGACGUGCUAUCCGCGACCUACUUGGGCGUCGGGGGCGCGAUCCUCGUCGCGCUGCAGAUCUCCAUUGGAAGCGUCGUUCUCAUUUAUCUCGACGACGCUCUUAGAAAGGGCUAUGGCCUCCUUUCCGGCAUCCCGUUAUUCACCGCCGCCAAUGUUUGCGCAACUCUUUUUUGGAGAGCCUUCAGAGACGGCGCACAUGGAAACCUCGCGGCGACGUUUGCCUUCUUUCUGCUUGUGUGCGGAUUGCGAGGCUUGCAUGUCGCGUUGCCACUGACAGAUGAUGCGCCUGCUGCUAGGUUUCAGUCCAACUACAGCAUCAGCAUAUCCUACCUCGCCUAUGCCCCCAUCAUCUUCCAAGCCACGCUUGUUGCAUGCACAUAUACAUUCUCAGAGCAAUUAUUUACGGUAUUUGGCGGAAACAAAAUCGUCAAUCUGCUCGGCAAGUGGGAGCGAUCCAAACGUUUUGCAGGGUUUAUUCCAGUAAGCGGGGUCGCCUACUACCUAACUACGCCACCAACGUUGGCUGAUGCAGCAAGAGACCCGGUGCACGCGUGCCUCUACGCCGCCUUACUGCUCAUGGGAUGCGCCCUCAUAUCGACGGCCUGGUUUGGACUGUGCCGAUACUCAAGGAGGUACGUGUCCCGGUUGGUCGGGGAAAGAGUGACCGUGACGCCUGCGCGGGCCGGCUCGAUUCGGCUCAGCCGGUGUAAGGGCCGUGUCGCCAUGGUAGCCUUCGUCGUCGGACUCUGUGUCGGCGCGCUGACCCUCCUUGCGGGCUUCAUGGGCGUCAGCGGCUCCGGCACUGGAAUUAUGCUGGCCGUCACCGGCAUAUACUCUUCCUGCUUGGACGCCAGAGCUUCUUCUGGGAUUCACACAAUUGGACUCUGA